AGAAGAAGAGAAGAGAACUCAAUCCAGUGCUCACACUCCCAUUACUAGCUACUGGAGCUCCGAGAUGGAAACGACGUCGUCGUCGAGGACUUCGGAGGAGGAGGAGACAAAAGAGAUGGAGAAGCAUGAGAAGACGAAGACGAAGACUGAGAGUGAGACUCAGACGAAGAAGAAAGCUCUGGGAUGGAUGGAAUGGCUGAGAGGUUGGUUCUAUGUGAUUUACGAGAUUCUCUUCCAGAGAAUAACCGCCAGUCACUUGCAAAACCCUAUGCCUUUGCCUCCUAUCAACGACCUCACCUGCAUUGUCACCGGAUCCACCAGUGGAAUCGGCCGUGAAAUCGCCAGGCAAUUGGCGGAAGCUGGAGCGCACGUGGUUAUGGCGGUGAGGAAUACGAAAGCAGCGCAUGAGUUGAUCCAGAAAUGGCAGAACGAGUGGUCCGGGAUGGGUCUCCCUCUCAAUAUUGAGGUGAUGGAGCUUGAUCUUUUGUCUUUGGACUCUGUGGCGAGGUUUGCGGAAGCAUGGAAUUCUCGUUCAGGACCUUUGCAUGUUCUUAUCAAUAAUGCCGGAAUAUUUUCUAUUGGAGAGCCACAAAAAUUUUCAAAAGAUGGGUAUGAAGAACACAUGCAAGUGAAUCAUCUUGGUCCAGCAUUACUUUCAAUAUUGCUUUUGCCAUCUCUUGUCAGAGGCUCUCCAAGUCGAAUUGUUAAUGUGAAUUCUGUGAUGCACUAUGUUGGCUUUGUUGACACGGAAGACAUGAAUGUUGCUUCUGGGAAAAGGAAAUUUUCAAGCUUAUUGGGAUAUUCGAGCAGCAAACUGGCUCAGGUUAUGUUUAGUAGUGUUCUCUUUAAGCGUCUGCCUGCUGAAGCUGGUGUUAGUGUACUUUGUGUAUCACCUGGAGUUGUCCACACGAAUGUUGCAAGGGAUCUGCCAAAACUUGUUCAAGCUGCAUACCAUCUAAUACCCUAUUUUAUUUUUAGUCCUCAAGAAGGUGCCAGAAGCACUCUUUUUGCAGCCACUGAUCCUCAAAUUCCAGAGUACUGUGAGCUGUUGAAAUCCGAUGACUGGCCUGUUUGUGCUUUCGUAUCUCAAGAUUGUCAUCCCACAAAUCCUUCUGAAGAAGCACACAGCACUGGAACUGCUCAUAAAGUGUGGGAAAAGACACUUGAGCUGAUCGGUCUACCUUCCGAUGCUGUCGAGAGGCUCAUCGAAGGGGCAGCCGUUGAGUGCAGAUAUGGAGCUAAAAGGGAUUAAUUUUCUUCAUCAUUUGUCACACUAUGAGAUUUAGUUCUGAAAAAGCCCACUAAUUGCUCAAUGUAGAUUAUGUAUCGAGCUGCCUGUGUAGUUUGAUUGGCUUGAGUUAAGGACCUAUGGUCAUUCAUUUUCUAACAUAUAACACAAUUUUUAUGAUCUUGGGAUUGCUAUGUCUAUGUUUGCCCUUCUUCCUGGUUCUGGGUAUGUAACUUACACCAAAGUGAUUUCAUGGGCAAAUUUAAUUCAAAGAGCUUGGAGAAACUCAGGUUUUAGUUAGAAA